GCGUAAUCUUGCAGCGACUCUACUUUUUGUCCCGUGUGCAAAAUUCUCCAAACGUCAGUUUGUGGUUUGGGUGGUUUGGGUCUGUUUCGUGUGUUUCUGUUCACUACUGCUUGUCUUGUCGUUUGGUGCUGUGUCCACCACAUCAGGACCAAUGAACACAGCCCAAACGCCGCUCCAGGAGCUGGUUGUGGCUACGCCCAAGACCUCUCUGAGCUGCCGAACGUCGUCUACGAGUCGCAUCAACACGGAAUGCAUCUCGCACCAUUGGACCAUUGAGAACUUCAGCAAGUGCCAGUUCUUCCAAAGUGGCACCUGCUUCAGCGAGGAGUUUCCCAAAGACCCCUCGCAGGUGAAGCUGAAGCUGCGGCUAGACCUGAGCAAGGACUAUGCAUCCAUCUGCGUGGUGCCUGUGCAAGGUAUGCAGGGCCGCAACUAUGUCUGCACCCUCAGCCUGCUGGGAGAAAAGGGCAAGCCCGUGCAGCGCUACUUCCACAACGGCUUCCACACCCUCUACCGUGGGAACACAAACUACCUGGGCAUCGAGAUUGGCAAGUUCUUCCUCUAUAGCCCAGAGAACCUCUGCAUGAAUGGUGAUACCCUAAGCAUCCUCUUUGAGGUAGAGUUCCUCUCGGAAAGCACUAACACCCCGGUCAAGCGGACGGACAUCCCCGUGAGUCCACUUCUCAAGAAUCUCGGGACGCUGCUGGAAGACAAGUCAUUUGGGAACGUCCAGCUGACCGUGCAGCGACGGAACCUGUACGCUCACCGCGACGUCCUGAUGCUGUCGUCUCCGGUCUUCGGCGCCAUGUUCUCACACCCGACCAAGGAGUCCCAGGAGCAGGUCAUCCACCUUCCGGACCAGUCAUUCGACGCGAUGCGCGAGAUGCUUCUCUUCAUCUACACGGGAGAAGUCCCCAACCUGGACAAGGUCGCCGAAGACCUGUACGUGGCCGCGGACAAGUACUCGAUGGGCGAGCUGAAGACCCUCUGCGGCGACUACCUGGGGUCCAACCUGACGGUGGAGCGUGCGGCGGACGCGUUCGUGCUGUCGAACAUGUACAGCGACGUCGACCUGUGCAAGAGCGUUGCCAGGUUCAUUGCGGAUCACCUGGUCGCGGUGCAGAGGACUGCGGGCUGGAAGAACAUCUGGGGCAAGCCGGACAUCACGGAGCGGCUGUUCAUGUUCAUUGCGGACAUCGGCAACUCUCUGGACUCGCCCAACUGAUGACUGAUGGGUGGCUCGACCGGCGCUGGCGGCGGUGGGGGGUCCGUCUUUCGGAUAAACAUGGCAGGUCCGCUUUCCAGCUGUUGUCUUUCCACUCUUCUAUGAAAGCAGAACAGGUGCUCGAGCAGUUGCGUCCUCCUGCAGUGUGUUAACUGUUGCGAAUGCUGUACGUGUUUUUGGUGUAUGUUCCGUGGUAUUUGGUGUGUGCUUGCUGGAACCCUGGUUUAGCUCAGUCAGCCGAGUGCUGACCAAAUCAACCAAGCACCAUACGAGAAUUGUUUUCUUUUAGAUACACAGGGCAGAUGGGUAAUCAAGUAACCGGAUAUUGAAACCGCCAGGACCAAUUGUGACCGUAUACCCUGCGAAAUAUUGGCAAAACCUUCCUGUAGGCGUAAGCUGUUGUAUAGUUAACAAUUUAGGAAGCUUAAUACAGUAUGAAAUGGCCCCUUGCCUGUUAAUGUCGGUAACGAUAGUGUUACGCAGAUGUCGUGCAGUUAGUUGUCAUGCUUCCAAAUGUUGCCUAAUCGUGAUAUAAUACUCAAGCCCAUUCUUGCGAGCAAUAGCAGCAGCACAAAACAUUGUUAGUGUUUGCUGUUGUGUGUUUGAACAUGCUUAUAGCCGCGUCCCACUGGAGUGACAAACAGCAACGAAGGACCGGGACGCAGAGCAACUAGCGACAAAGGAAACCUACAGACAGCCUGUUUGCCAGAGACUGUUGUCCCUCCUGGCGGACACGACGCAGAACACGAAAACAAGGAAACUUGCUUCCUUGUGGGGCUGGCGUUUUCAACAAAACACUUCAAAAUACACAAACAAUCAGAGUCUGGCAAUGCGGUUUUCGUGUUUUGCUCUUAAAGUGUAAAAUGCGCCGACAAGCACGAUAAAAGUGAAGACAAUUAGUACUUUAUUUCUUGAUAAAAGCUUCCGCUACUCUUCUUUUGCUGUUAGCGAAUUGUCGCAAACAGUCGGGACAAUCGACACUAAACUUUUUCCGAACUAGAAUUCAGAAUCAUUCCUUUUUUGGGUCGAUUGAGGCAUUCUAAGUGAGCACCAUGGAAUUUCACUCCAAUUUUAAAGAUGUUUAUGACUUUAUAUCUAAAUGAUUGAGGGCAGGCGUUUCUUAGGGAACAUACGGCAUCCCGAUUAUCACAAAGCAUGAUGACAAGUCUCUCGUCUGCCAGAAUGGCUUGCCGGAACGUUGUGUCCUACUUCGUGGUGAGCGGUCUUACUUUGCUCAGUCCUCGAACGUCUGUGUAUCCAUCCCGACGCAGGGGUGUUGCCCUCAGCGUCUCAAAGCAGCACCUCGACCGCCAGGUUUUCGCGAGCAAAACCAGCCACAGCAAAUCCCCUUCCGCAACAUGACCGCCAGCAUACGAGCAAUUGAGGGAUGGUAACUGCGGGAACGACCAGCAGCCGCCAAGGUCCUCUCCGAAGGUCGAGCGGUGGAGCGAGCCAUGGGAGGAAGGGUAGAAGGGCGGGCAAGGAGGAUAAGUUUGUCUGUGAGAGAUGUUCCUUGGUGGGACUGCUUGCGGCGCUUCAAGUCCAAGGACAAACGAGAACUUGUCCGUCGUCAAUCAUUUGUCAGGAGUGUUGGUCGUUACAGUGGGACAGCAUCGGCGACACGAAACUUUGUGGUGUCGCCAGACGAAAAUCCGUGUUUGUCGCUCUAGUGGGACAAGGCUAUUACAGCUGAAGUUGGCACAACUUGUUUCUAAAGGAUGCUACAAGCGUAGGGGGGCUGCCAUACUCCGUUUUAUUUUGUCCAACCAUGGCCGACUGUGCAAUCUGAUGGGGCCAGCCAAACAGCAGCACCGAGAUCGCAUCGUCGUGGCGCUCAUUGCCUUCGUCUCUUUGCCAUCGUCAACCAAACCGAUCAUCCAUAUUGAAUGCUGCACUUCCUUCUGUGGGCGAUUGGUUCAGCCAGCAUAGCAAAGCCACAAAGACAGCGAGUGCUGCGACGACACAAUGUUGAUGCCGCCCAAUUGGCUCCAUUCUAUCGUAGCAUCGGCCGCAGUCACACCUAAAGUGAAGCAGAGUAUACAUUUGCAUCACGGUAGAAGGCAUGUUGCCCAGUGAACAGGCCUGGAUAACCUUCCGAAAUUUUAGAAUUGCGCGCAGCACAUACGCUCCUCCUGAAGUUCAAUAAAUUAUUGGCAUCUCUGGA